AUGAAAGUCCAUCAUUCACAGUCCCAAACGUUGUUGGCUCUAGGAAGUAGACCAUACAAAUUCACUGCUGCUAGGAUGCUUCACAUGGCUUAUCUGGAAGCUAAUAACUUAGGAAUAAUACAACAUUACUCUUCAUAUCAUCAAAUACUAUUAGUUGGUGAAGGAGAUUUCUCUUUUUCUCUAUGUUUAGCUCACUCUUUUGGCAACGCUUCUAACAUUGUUGCUUCCUCUCUUCAAUCAUAUGAUGUUGUGAUCAAAAUGUACAAGAAUGCAGAAUCAAACUUAGAAAAGUUGAAAUCUUUGGGAGGAAGUAUCUUGCAUGGUGUGAAUGCAACUAAAAUGCAGCAUCAUCCUGAUCUAAGUAACCGGAAAUUCGAUCGGAUAAUUUUUAAUUUUCCUCAUGCAGGGUUUCAUGGCCGUGAGCAUAAUAAACAUCUUAUCCAAUGUUGCGUCUUGCGUGUCGGUGGUCAAAUUCAUGUUGCCCAUAAAACGACUCCUACAUACAACCGUUGGGAUCUUGUUAGACUUGGAAAAGAAAACUCCUUGAUUUGUAUUGAAUGUGCAGAAUUCAGGGCUGAAAAUUACCCUGGUUACAACAACAAAAAGGGAGAUGGUCCAAAAUGUGAUGAGCCUUUUCACCUGGGUGAGUGCCAGACCUUCAUGUUUAUACUCGACCUGUCUCGUAAGAAUGUGCCAAUGACAAAACAAAAGAAACGCAAUUUACAUGAGCCAUCUCAGAAACUUCAAAAAGUUCCCAAACACAAUUUAUAUGCACCACCUCAGAAAUUUCAAAAAGUUCCCAACUCCAUAAGUCCUCCUAUUUACUCCUUCCAGCAGCCACUAAGUUGGAUUGGCCGGAGAAAUUCUCCAACUUAUAUUAGUGACAAGAAUGGUUUUCUGAGUUAUGCGGGUUUACCUGCAACGCAUGACAAUAAAAGUGAAUGUGUUAGGGUCUUUAAGCCGUAUUUCAGUUAUAUUCAAGAAAAUUUUGGAAGAAGAGAGGAAAUUGGUGUUGAAGUUUCAGUUCGUCAAGCUCUGCAGCAUGUUUCUUUGAUGUACAGGGCUAAGAUCGAGAGGCCCCCGGGAGCUUACUUGAAACUUUUGAAAGAGCUUCAUUUUCUGAGCCUGUCCAGAAUUUCGAGGUUAUGACAGAAGCUUCAAGAUCCCGAUCGAAGACUGUGGUGAGCAACAUGGUACAAAAGUAUAAAUUAUGUGUCUAAAGCGAAGUAGUAGACAUGAAUAUGCAAGUAUCUGUUGUUGACUAACUAUUAUUCCCCAUGUCUGUCUCUUUGUUUUACUGAAAGAACUUAAUCGCAGACGAAUGUUUUGUAAAGUUAAGAUUGAAAUAUGUGUAACAAAGUUUAAAAUGCUCUUGAAAUUUGAUUAGGCAAUAUGCUGUGAUACUCUUUGUAGUUUGAUGUGUUCUGAUACAUUCUAAGUGGUGUUUCCAAGAAUAAAACUUGGCUUAAUUGGUAAGAGUC